AUGGUGUCCCGCAUCACCGAUAGACCAAUUAUUAUCCGUCGCUCGUCAAGACUGAGCUCGCGGUCUCGAUCAUCGUCGAGAACCAGAUCAAAAUCCCAAUAUCGCGGCUCAGACUCAGAAACUGAUAUCUUCCCACCUACCAGUGUACCUGGCGCUUCAGCCACUCAUCAUCCAAAGAUCCUCACUAUCGAUUAUCUCUUUGACAAUACCCUUCCAACUUACUUUAUGUUGCAAGAGAUCUUGUCAUUAACCGAAAAACUCAAGAUCUCCAAAUGGAAGCAUUUGAUCAAGACUUAUGGCAAAGAGGUUGCCGUUGCCAAUACCAAGCUAAAAAGAAUUAGUGGGGCAUUGACAAACGCCAUUUACAAAGUGGAAUUCGAUCUCAAGGAAUUAGAUAACCAAAAUAGCAACCCUGCCCCAUUGCUUCUAAGAGUAUAUGGUCCUAACGUGUCUAGCGUGAUCGAUCGAGAGUACGAACUCUCGAUCUUGACCAGACUUUCCCAUCAUAAUAUCGGAGCAAAACUUCUUGGAUGUUUUAGUAAUGGCCGGUUCGAACAAUGGUUGAACCAUACCGCCCCGUUGACGAGAGAUUUGAUGCGCGAUGACCGGGUUUCCCACACAAUUGCUAGAAGAAUGAGAGAGUUGCAUGAAGGGAUCCCUUUAACCAACGAUGAAAUCAAUAAUGGGUCAAUAGUUUGGCUGAACAUUGAAAAAUGGAUGGGUUACGUAAAGGAUUUUGUGGCAUUACAACGGGAGAAGAAAAAACUCGAUGAGGAGACAUUAUUCGAUGAGUAUCAAGUGUUUGGGACGUCAUUCGAAGAGUUUGCAGAAACUGUCAAUGUUUACAAACAAUGGUUGUUUGCUAAAUACGGCGGAGAAGAAGGAUUGAAAAGUAGAUUGGUAUUUUGUCACAACGAUACCCAGUAUGGUAAUUUAUUGUUGACUUAUCCUACCACCUUGUCGGAAAAACGACCAAGUUCAUCAAAAAAUGAAUCCAAAGAAGAUCAUAUUGAUAUGUGCAAUCCAAAUUCUCAUAAAGCAUCAUUAACCGAUUCUUUGAUCUUCAAGUCCCUUCGAGCCAUUCCGACCCCAGAAGAUCGGAAACUUAUUGUCAUUGAUUUUGAGUAUUCUGGCCCCAACGUUGCUGCCUACGAUAUCGCCGAUCAUCUUUGUGAAUGGAUGGCCGAUUAUCAUGAUCCUGAUAGACCACAUUACUUGGACCAGAAAUCGUAUCCAACUGUCGAAGAACAACUCGCGUUUGUGGGGAGUUAUGUCGGAGCUGCCCCAUUAGGGAAAAUCCCACUAGGAGUCCUAGAAAAAGAUCAUUAUUCCGAUGCCAAUAAAAAUAAUAAUAAUGGCGAUGGUGAUGAUGAUCUUGCCUUGGUUACAAAGAGGUUGUAUAAUGAGAUUGUUUACUGGAGACCAGCAGCACAUAUCAGUUGGUGUCUUUGGGGGAUUGUUCAAAGUCCGUCAUUUUGCCUUCAACCGGAAAAUGACCCUGUCACUUCGUCAAAUUUGCCAGAUGAUGGAACUUACAAGGUGGUUUCAGAUCUAAAAGACUUACAAAUCAACAACAACAAUAAUAAUAGUGAGGAAAUGGAAGAGGAAGUUGGAGGGGAUACCGAUACGUUUGACUAUUUCAGGUAUUCUAACAACAAGGCAGGGCUAGUAUGGAACGAUUUGUUCGAACUAGGGGUUGUGGACCGUGAGAAGUUUGAUAUUAAGGGAGAAGAAGGGGUCAAGUUUUAUGGGGCAGGGUUGUUUGAGGUGUGA